AUGUGUGUUACACCGGAAGUUCCUUCUGCAAGUACUGAAAGCAGUCGGGAAGCAGUGAUUCUGAGCCCAUAAUUAUCGCAUAAGACGUUUUGGAAUGAAAAGUGGCUGAGGAGCUAAACAUCAUGGAAGACAAAAGACGCAGAGCACGGGUACAGGGAGCUUGGGCAGGAACCGCCAAACCUGCCCCCCGGCAAGCACUUCAAGCCAGCAACCUCAAAGCAAAACCCCCGCCAUGGGCCAGCGAGUCUCCGACAGAGAAGCUUUUUGUCUAUAAAGAGCCUUCAGAGGUGAUUCGCAAAGCCCCCGAACCAAGAGUCAUCGAAUCGCCUGGCACCCAUGAGAUCAGCGUAUCUCCGUCUGGAGUGUCCCGACUUAGACUGUUCCCCUCGUUCAUCGACCCCAAAGAGGCAGACUGGAUGUUUGAACAGUUACAUCGAGAAAUCCCCUGGCGUCAGAAGACCAACCUAGGACCAGAUGGACAUUACCAGGAGCCGCGGCUCACCUGCUGGUAUGGGGAGAUACCUUACACCUACUCCCGAUCUACAAUGCAAGCCAAUCCUCACUGGCAUCCUCUGCUGACCAUGCUGAAAGACCGCAUUGAGGAGGUGACCGGCUACACCUUCAACUCUUUGCUCUGCAACUUAUACAGACAUGACAAAGACAGCAUCGAUUGGCACAGCGACGAUGAACCAGCCCUGGGCAGUAAUCCAGUCAUUGCCUCUCUCAGCCUGGGGGAAACCCGUACUUUUCAGAUGAGAAGAAAGCCAUCGCAGGAAGAGAAGGGAGACUACACGUAUGUAGAAAGUGUGCAUGUACCGCUGGAUCAUGGGACUUUGUUGCUCAUGGAAGGAGCAACGCAAGAAGACUGGCAGCAUCGCGUGCCGAAGGAGUAUCACGACCGCCAACCUCGCAUAAACCUCACCUUCCGCACUAUGCGCCCCGAAACGUCCGUCCAGAACUAACAGGCUGAGGGGAGCUGGAGAUGAAGAUACAUCUAGCGGUCUUAUUACGGCA